AUGGAAUUUCGAUUCUUGAUAUUCUAUUGUUCAAUUCCAAAACAGAUUUGGUUGAGAACAUCGAAAGAAGAAGUUCCCGUAUUUGAAUCUAAAAAAUAUUUCAUCUUAAAUCAAAAUGCUGCACAAAAAAUAAGAUUUAAUGAUAAUUUUCUUGGGACUUUUGUAAUUCUGCGUAGUCAGCAGAUGGAAUCGACCGACCAUUUCCGUCCACUUCCACUUCCCUUCCCAUCAUUCAUAAAUUUUAUAUUUGAUGUUGGAGUUGAUGAUGUCAGUGGCAUGUUAUGUCGACUGAUGAUUUCGAUUAAUUUAAGAGUUGCAAAAAAAUUUAUGCUAUGA